AUGAAAAUAAAGGGCAUGAGUAGUAUUCUUACAAUAGCAAUUGCAACUGUUUUUUGGAUCUCAUUAAAUAUUUUCCAUACUGAGGCUGCCAUGACUGUAGAACAAAUAAAAGAUAUGGUAAAACCAUUGGGUAAAUCUUGUGCAUCAAAAGUAGGACUUAGUCCAGAGUUACAAGAAGCACAUAGAAAUGGAGAAUUUCCAGAGAACAGAACACUAAUGUGUUAUCUUUAUUGUCUUGGAAAAUUAACUAAAAAUGUCGACAAAAAUGAUAACAUUGACAUCGAAGGUAAAAUCAAACAAUUGAAAAUGGUAUUACCAGAAGAAUUAAUACCAAGUUCCAUAGAUGCUUACAAUACUUGUUUUCUUAAAGCGACAAGUGAGGAUCCAUGUGAAAAAAGUUAUCAAUUUGCGAAAUGUUAUUAUGAAACAGAUGCGAAGACUUACUUUUUUCCAUAAAAAUCACACUAGUAAUUACUAAAUAUUGCAGUAAAGUUUGAUAUACAAGAAGAGAAAAAAAAAC